AAAGUCUUAUAUGAGAUCGAUUCACAAAAACUUUUUUGUUAUCAUGCAUUUAUGUGCAAUGAGCCCAAACCAGGUUAUGAAGAGGUGUCAAAAAAGCUAGUAAAGUAUUGUAAAGGACAUCCUAUGGCUCUUAAAGUUUUGGGUAGGUCUCUACAUAAUCGAGAUGUAACUUAUUGGGAGGGAUACAUAGAUAGGCUAAAGCAAGAAAAUGAUUCCCCUAUAAAUAAUGUCUUGAGAAUGAGCUUUGACUCAUUGUCAUCAGAAAAUGACAAGGACUUGUUUAAGCAUAUAGCUUGUAUUUUUGUUGGAAUGGAUAGCAAUGAUGUCGUAACAAUAUUAGAGGCAUGUGAUAUAGAAACAAAAACUGGGAUCACAAAUCUCGUCGACAAAUGCCUUCUUAGUAUCGGAUGGAAUAAUGAAUUGAAGAUGCAUGAGUUGGUUAAAGAGAUGGGAAGAUUUGUGGUACGUGAGGAAUCACUUUACAAGCCAUGGGAACGAAGUCGAAUAUGGGGUCUUGAGUCAUUUAAAGUGUUAAAACAAAAAAAGUGUAUGGAAAAUGUUCUAGGUCUAACCCUUGACAUGAGAAUGCUUGAGAAAGAGAAGUUACACGGAUCACUUGAGUUGAAAACAGAUGCAUUGAGUAGCAUGGAUAAUCUAAUGUUGCUACAACUCAAUUAUGUGCAAAUAACCGACUCUUUCAAGAACUUUCCAGAAGAAUUAAGAUGGUUGUGUAUGCAUGGGUUCCCUUUGAAGUCUAUACCUCCAGAUUUACCGAUGGAGAAUUUGGUUGCUCUUGACAUGUCACAUAGUAGUAUUGAAUCAUUUGGGAUUUGUUAUAGCUAUCCACAACGACUUCAUAAGAGGCUAAAGCAAUUAAUUGGAUCGUGCACAAAAGACAAAAGGUUGCUUGGAUCGUUAAAGAUUCUUAAUUUAAGUUGUUGUGAACAACUUCAUAGUCUUCGUGGCUUUGACCACCUCCCUAAACUUGAGAGACUAAUACUUAAAGGUUGUAUAGGUUUGAUUGAGGUUUGUGAAUCAAUUGAGCAAUGUUUUGAACUUGUCCACAUCGAUCUGAGCUACUGCAACAAGCUUGAAAAACUUCCAAGAAGCUUAGGCAUGUUAAAGAAAGUUAAAACAUUAUUGUUAAACGGUUGUCAUCUCAGUGAAUCUCGAAUCAAGAUUAGGGAUAAGAAAUCAUCAGAAAUGCUCAACGCUAACAACAUUGGCAUAAACACAAUAACCUCUUCCUCCACUCUUCUCCAGGCUAUGCCAAGUUAUUCAAAAUUUUCUGUCAUUUCUUUACCGAGAUCUUUAGUAAGCUUGUCACUGGAGAAUAAUAAUUUAUCUACUGAAUCUUUUCCAAUGGACUUCAGUUGCCUAACCAUGUUAAAAGAAUUAUAUCUAGAUAAAAAUCCUCUUUUUUCCCUGCCCCGUUGUGUCAGAAGCCUUCCUAGGCUAGAGAAACUUAGCAUGGUAAACUGUCAUAUGCUUAUAUCAGUCGAGCAUCCUCCACAUACACUAACAUCUUUAAAUCUAAUGUUUGAUUUUACAAAUAAGCCAUUGUUACGAAAAGUUGUAUUUGAUCCACAAAUGUCCCCACUCAAGUUCUCACUAGAACGGACCAUCUUGGCACAUUCAUCGUUUGAAUUUGAAGGUAUGGUCAAAAUCCAACCAAUGGCUGAUGUUGAGGAAAAUUUAUUACACUGUUUGGGAUGGACUAACUUACACUUCCUUAAAGGAAAGCAAGUGAAAAUUUCUAUUGGUUAUAGAGAAACGGAGGAAUCUGAAAUCCAGAUGUAUUAUGAAUUUGGAAUAUUCAGCACAAUUUAUUGGGGUAAAGAGAUGCCAAAUUGGAUUACAGAUAGAAGGAUGGGGCCAUCAAUAUUAUUUACAGUCCCAUCAUCUCCUAACAACCUCACAGGAUUGAAUUUCUGCUAUGUGCUGACAUCUGGAUGUCUGGAUGAGACACAUGGAUCUGUAGAUGAUCUGGACCUUAUUAAUUUGCCGGUGAUCAAAAUUUGUAAUAUAACAAAGAACCUCACAUGGAUAUACGAACAUUACAUUGAGAAAUUCAAUGUGGGUGGCCAUCGUCUAAUAUUAUUAAGUCAUUGGAUGUUUGGGAUGAAUGAGAUGGAGUGUGGUGAUCAAAUUACUAUUACAGUGAGGAAGAGACUAUAUGAUACUGGUAAUGCAGUUACUAAGGAGUGUGGGGUGAGUUUUGUGUAUGAUAAUGGAGAGAACAAAAAAGAAGAAGAUGUGUUGGGUUAUUACAGGUCAUGGAAUCACAUCAUUGGUGGAGAUCUCACUGGAUUUCAAUCAACAACAGGAGAAUACAUCCUAAGCAAACGUCGAAUUAUUUGGCCUACGCUUGAUAUAGCUCUACGAAACUAUUAUCAUCUGUGUGGAGAAGGCGCACACUUUAAAGAUAAGCUGAUGGUCCCUAAGCUGGCAGUCCACUCAACAUACUUACACUUUGGCUUGCCUGACCUUUCCUCAUCCCAACAACUCAGCAAUUCUAAGCAGUCUUUUUUCAUGUUUUCAAAUGGCAAUGAAGACAACAUGGAAACCAGUGUUGUUGCACUUGAAAUACAUUAG